AAAAAGCACGGAAGCUCUUUGUAUGGUUAAUGCAAUUUACUCAGUAAAUGAAGCUUACUAAUGGCAACGCUCUGAACAUAUGAUCAUGAUAUGAUUUUUGAUUGCAUAAUUGUGAUCUUGCACUGUCGACAGUGGCUGGUUCUGAAAUUCGUGGGUCUGUGAUAUAAAAAUGAAUAAAAUUGCAAAAUCUCUACUCAAUAAUGUUAUUAAAUCCAAUACUCCUGUGUUGUCACGAAGUCAUUUUACCUACUAUCCCGACAAAGUGGCAACUAAUGGGUCCGCUACAGAACGUCAAAAGAUGAACAUGUUCCAAGCCAUAAACAACGCAAUGGAUUUGGCGCUACAAGAAGACUCAUCUGCUAUACUCUUCGGUGAGGAUGUAGGAUUUGGUGGUGUGUUUCGAUGCUCCAUAAACUUACGGGAUAAGUACGGGAAAGAGCGCGUUUUCAACACACCACUAUGUGAGCAAGGCAUCGCUGGGUUUGCAAUUGGAGUUGCUAAUGCUGGAUCAACGGCUAUUGCAGAAAUUCAAUUUGCCGAUUAUAUAUUUCCUGCUUUUGAUCAAAUUGUGAACGAAGCAGCAAAAUAUAGAUAUCGUAGUGGAGGUAUUUAUGAUUGCGGUUCACUAACAUUCCGUGUACCAUGCGGUGCCGUAGGCCAUGGUGCUUUAUAUCACUCCCAAAGUCCUGAAGCAUACUUUGCACAUACACCUGGUCUUAAAGUUGUUAUACCACGAGGACCAAUCAAAGCAAAAGGCUUGUUACUGUCUUGUAUACGUGAUCCAAAUCCAUGUAUAGUUUUUGAACCGAAAACUCUUUAUAGAGCUGCCGUUGAAGAGGUGCCUGUAGGCAAUUACACUUCUGAUUUAGGUAAAGCUGAUGUGUUGCGUCAAGGUAGCGAUAUAACAUUGAUUGGUUGGGGUACACAAGUUCACGUAUUGCUUGAGGUUGCCGACUUAGCCAAACAGCAAUUAAAUAUCAACUGUGAAGUUAUCGAUUUAGUUUCUAUACUGCCUUGGGAUAAGGAAACAGUUAUAAAGUCGGUGAAGAAAACUGGCCGUGUUGUUGUAGCGCAUGAAGCUCCACUUACACAAGGCUUUGGUUCCGAGUUAGCAGCGUCAAUACAGGAGAAUUGCUUCCUACACCUGGAAGCACCAGUUAAACGUGUGACCGGUUGGGAUACUCCGUUCCCCCAUGUAUUCGAACCGUUUUACUUGCCUAACAAAUAUCGUUGUUUAACAGCAAUUAAGGAAGUAGUCAAUUAUUAACUGAGCAAGACGGACCAUAGAUCAUAGAAGCCACUUAGCAUGACUACCAUAUAUUGCAUAUUUCAUAUAUGCACACUUUUGAUGCAAUUUUCGAGAUUGCAGUGUUUUUGACUUUUAAGUAACGAAUGCAUUUAUUUACGAAAUUUUAUUGGUUUAAGUUAUAUUUAAAGAU